UUUAAGCCUUAACGAACGUUAGAAACGACCACGGUCAGCGAAUUGUUCUCGCCCUGUCUCUUCUCAGAGUUUCUUGUCUGCGCUGUCGCCGUCGCUGUCGUCCUCCUCCUCUACUCCCCGAGGCAGAAGCCCUCGCCCGUGAUCUCUCGCGUCCGAGCUCGGCCCUUUGAGUCGCCCGAUGACUCCCACCUCUCUCCAGCUAUUGUUCGGCCUCAGCUGCGGGGAAUCGCCGCCCGUCUUCCCCCGUGUCUUGUCUGCCGCGUCGCCGUCCUCCUCCUCCUCCUGUGCUCCCUGAGGUGGAAACCCUAGAAGCCAUCGACCUUGAUCUCUCGCGUCCGAUCUCGGCCCGUCGAGUCGACCGACGACUCCUACCUCGCUCUAGCUACGCUUCGGCCUCAGCUGCGGGGAAUCCCCGCGCAUUUUCCCCUGGGUGCGACUCCGCCGCCGGUCUUCCCCCCUGGCUUGUACGCCGUGUCGCGUUCGUCCUGAUUCUCUGCACCCCGAGGCAGAAACCCUAAAGCCCUCGCCCUUGAUUUCUUGCCUCCGAGCUCGGCCCGUUCAGUCGCCCGACGACUCCCACCUCGCUCCGGCUAUGGUUCGGCCUCAGCUGCGGGUGAUCUUCACCCGUCUUCCCCCGGCUGCGAUUCCGCUGCUUUGAUCGCCGCUUUGGCUUGGUGGUCUCUGCCGGAGACGCCCUGGGUAGCGAACGGAAGGGAGAGGCCUGGAAUAAUGGAUCAAAUGGGUCAUUGUAUUCCUUUGCAGAAAGAAAAUUUUCACAUGUUAUGACGAAACAUUUUGAAUGUCAGCAAUGUGUCAUGUCAACAUCUCAUAAGCUGGAAGAUGGCUUUUAGAAAGAAGGCAACUUCCACAAGUUGAUAGAAAUGUAACAUGAAAGGCUUUAUGUAAAUUGUUUCAAUUUCCCUUCCUUAAUAUAAGAUAAACAUUCCAUUCUUACUACUAACAUGAUGCCUAUCUAUGAUUACGACCUAUGCCAGUUCUCAAGUUACGUAGACCAUCCAUAAUCCUGAUGCUUGGGUAGCUUUGGUAGUUGAUCUUUCUACUAAAGAACAAGGCAUUACAACUCUUGAUUUUGGUUGCACAAGACCAUGGUUUGUUGUACUGAAGCAUACUGCCCGGGUGAAGAUGCAUUUGGCCAAUGGGUAUCCCGAUGUUGCAAAAUGCAAGUAGGUUUCAACGGAGGUCCCUAAAUCCUUUCAAGACAAGUUACGACAGACAAACAAAGAUAUAAUGAAAAAGAAGGCAAGAGCUAAGGAAGAAUACCAUAAGGCUACAUCGGAGCCGGUUUAUGACGAAUAUGUGGGUUGCGGCGAUGAAAUUGAACCGGAUCUCAUCACUGGUAUUCGUGCAUCACUAGAGCAUCAGUACAUAUACGAGGAAACAAUAAGGCAUCGACAACCUAACUCACAAUGGGAGCAUGGCGGUGGCAGCGGGCCUAUGCCACAAAGAAUCCAAAGGUCGGCCAGCAUGAGACAACCAACUGCCCCUCCUCAAUUAAGCCGAAUUGGUAGCAUGAGGCAAAGUGGAAUCCGUGGUUUUAUGAGAGGACUUGGCAGGAGGUCAGCACUAGAUAUUAUUGAUAUUGAUCCACAAGCCUAUCCUUCACAAAUAACGAAGCAGACACGGAUUGACGAUGCAUAUACAAAAGAAAAGAAACGAGAUAUUGGGAAGGCAAUUGCAAAAUGGUUCAACUUCCACAAGAUUCCAGCAAACACAGCCCAAGGUCCAUAUUAUCAGAGCAUGAUCUCCUCUAUUCAAAAGUCUGGCACUGGGAUUCAACCUCCAACACCGAAGGAGAUCCACGGCAUGUAUUUAGAUGAGGAGGUAGCAGAACUGAAGGAUUGGAUCAAAUCCUUCAAGAGGCAGUGGGACGAAUAUGGGGUGACACUAAUGUGUGACAGUUGGAUAGGGUCAACAAGAAUGAGUAUCAUUAAUUUUUUUAUUUAUUGUAACAGACGGGUGGUUUUUCACAAGUCAGUUAAUGUUUCUGAGAAGAUUCAAGAUGCAAAUUAUAUUGAAAACAUAAUGGACACCGUAGUAGAGGAGAUCGGAUCACAAUACAUUGUUCAGAUAGUCACCGACAAUGAAGCCAAUUUCAAAAAGGCCGGUUUACAAUUAAUGAAAAAAAGAAAAACAUUGUUUUGGACUCCAUGUGCAACUCAUUGCAUGGAUCUAAUGCUGAAGGAUAUUAGUGAGUUACCCUCAGUCAACAAGUGUAUAACUCGAGCACAGUCUAUUACAAAGUUUAUAUAUAAUAAUCAUUGGAUCCACUCUUUAAUGCAAAAGUAUAUAAAUGGUGAGAUACUCAGACCUGGAGUCACUCGAUUUGCUACAAAUUUCAUUAUCUUAAAGUCAAUACAACAAAAGAAACAAGGCCUCAUGGCAAUGGUCAUCUCACAAGAAUGGUCAGAUUCUAGGUAUUCAAGAUCGAGCGAUGGAAAAAAGAUGGAAAAGAUUAUUCUUUCUUCUAGAUUUUGGGAUGUCGUGAAAGAAAUCAUAACAGGAGUAGAACCACUUUAUGUUGUCCUUCGUAAAGUCGAUAUAGAUAAGCGUCCCCAAAUGCCUUAUCUUAGACAUAUGUUAAUUACAGCAAGAGAGGAGGUCAAGAAAGCAUUCAAAGAUGAUUUUAAGGCCAAUCAAUACUUACAGAUUAUCGAUCGUAGGAUUGAAGUUUAUAUGGAUCAAGAUAUUUAUAAUGCAGCCUAUUAUCUAAAUCCGGCAAUUCAAUUUCGGUAUAGUCUUGGCAUGCGAUCAGAUUUAUUGUCAGCGCUAAGAAAUGCUAUAUAUCGACUCUUGUCAAACACUACGAAUGCAGCCGAUGCUAUCAUGGAGAAUCGAUUAUUCCUAGAAACAAUUGGUUCAUUCUCCGACAUUGUAGCUAUAUCGUGUCGUUACAAUAUGGAUCCUGCCGAGUGGUGGUUACAAUUUGGAGGAGAUGCACCAAAUUUACGAAAGGUUGCCAUCCGUGUACUUUCGCAAACAACGACAUCUAGUGGUUGUGAACGUAAUUGGUCAACGUUCGCAUUGAUUCACACAAAGGUCCGCAACAGACUAUCAUAUAGACGGUUUGAGAAACUGGUAUAUGUCUACUAUAACAUGCAGUUAAGGUUGCAGUGUGCCGAGUUGGACAAGGAGCCAAAGGAAACAGAGAUUGAUCCCAUCGACUUUCAAUUUUACAACGAAGAUUCAGAGCCAAUGUUAGAGUGGGUCGAAGCAAUGGAGAAUCUAGAGGAUCCUCUACUUGAUGAGGCCGGAGAUCCUCAACGUCCUUCGCGUUUUAUUAUCAAGGCAAUAAAAGAAGAAGAAGCACAUCCCCGGCAGGAGGAAGAUUCCCCUCAGUUAGAACGUGACGGAAGGAGCCAGACAACAUCGAGUAAGACUACCCGAGUAACUAAAGACACCCAACCGUCACAAUCGUCUGCGCAACGUGCAAAUGCAAAAGCAAAAGCAAAGGGGAAGGCAGUAACAUCAGUCGCACCAUUGGGAAGAAUCGAGUCGAGCGACGAAACACCUUCUCAAUCGUAUUCAACAACCCGCUCAAUCCAGAGACAUGGUAGCGACGUGGACAGCAGUGCCUCGACCGAUGAUGGCGGUGACGUCGGGAAGUCGAUGGUCCCAUCUACACAAUUUGAGGGUGAUGCAUGGACUGAGGAGCAGUAUUUUACACCUAUCACCCAAGAUUCGGAUCGUGGAACUCGACAAGGUACUAGUCAAGUUUAUACACGAAAGGGGAAGACAGUGGAUGAUUUUAAGCAGAUGCGACAGAGCCUACACAAUGUAGACACAGAGCAAAGCUCAUCGUAUUCACAGUCAUCGUAUUAUAAAGAAUCUUACGACCAACAACAAUAUGGUGAUAGUUGGUCAGACUUCUCUGAGCAGCAGUCCGGUGAUCAAUUUUAUGAUACGGAGCAGCAGAUCAGUGGCAAAAGUAGAAAUUCCGACAUUGUUCUCCAUGCUUCGUACCAAUACAUGCCUCAAUCGUACUUACCUCAGGAGUCGCCUCAGACACGUGUGAUCCACGACGAUCAAACUACGACCAUCACCACAUUGAUGCACCAAUGGCAUACAAUGUAUCAGUAUACUAUGUCAUGGGAUCAAUUUCAGGAUUGGGUCCAACAAACAUAUCAAAUUGAUAUACAAAUACAUAGGAUUGAAGAUCCUGAUCCAUUGCCUGUUGAGUCCCGUCGUUCUUUUUGGUGGUAGAACUAGAUAAUUCAAUAUUAACGGAACGACGAUUCGGAACGUACUAUAAAGCUACUCAAAGUCCAAAAAAGAUAUAUUUGGAGCCAUUUUCGAUGAUUUUUGGCAUACUGUCCGUACACUUUGGUAUGUACCAUACCGAUAUAUGGUUGGUACACUAAUAUGGACCGAUAAGAUGAACCUUGAACAAUAUUAUUUCAACCUGACCAACAUGUCACAAAGGCACGAGCUGCUAUUGCACUUUUAACUGGUGCUGCAGCAGAGUUUAUCAGCGAGGAAUUUGCUUGUAUUGUGGUUCAGUCAUUGGCUGAAACUGAUGUGAGUGCACACACUGCUUUAGUUGCCCAAGUAGAGAAAGAUCUUACAGCAAACUUUGAGAAAGAGCUUUCCAAGGAAAGGGAGAAGAUAAAGGCUCUAGAUAAUUUGGCUGAAGAGGUGAAGCUAGAAUUAGACAGAGUACAGACAAAGAUAGGAGGAACAUAACACCCUAAUUCAGGGGAUGUGCCACUGGUGAUCCAAAAUGGAAGUUCUUUUAAGGAUAAGACAUGAAGCACAAGAGCAGUUUAAUGAGUAACAAGCUGGAAAUAUCUUUUGAGAGGGAAAGGAUUGAUCACACAAGAAGGCAGAAAGCCAGAAUCAGAUUGAUAUAAAGUUACAGUACAAACUGGACGCUGAGGAGAAGGUUUUGUCCAUUGCUUAGGUCUUGGGCAGAGGAGGAGGCUAAAAGAACUAGAGAGGAAGUGCUGGGGAACAUUCUCCAGUUGAUGAGACAAUUCAAAGAUGAGAAAACUUAGUUAAGAAGCCUAGUGGCAGCUGAACCAAGAGUCAGGCCUUCAGCUGUUCUUGAGAAAACAAUCGAGAAGAUCAUCUCUUUAGUUGCAGCUUUGAAACAGUGUGCUUUAGAAGCUUCCAGAUAUUCCAUCAAGCUUCAGAAUGCUGUAAUCUCUGAAGCGUAUGAGUACAAGUGCCUCUGGGUUCAGCUCAGUCUUUGCCGACAGGAUGAGGCUGGAUGGUUAAAGAUUGCAAGGAAGGUUAUCAAGGGGACCAUGCAGGAAUUCAAUACACUAUAAGCAUUCUUUUUUGCCUUGUGUAAUUUAGUUAUAACAGGUGAUGAUGAUUCAAGCCUUUCUUCUUUCCCACCAAAGGUGCCACUUUGUUGAAUGUGGAAAACAGUAAUCAAUUGAGUUAUUAUUAUGGUGUCA